UCUAUCAACGAGGCACACGACUUCGGUCACGAUAUAUUUCGCUCUCACUAUUUUCUCUGAUUUCUCCAAGUUUUGUUUCCAGCAACUCUCAACGAUCGUCACAGACAAAGUUAUCUAGUCUAGUAAUGGAGAACGUUCGUACCAAGAAAAGACAAUGGCGACCACGCCGCCCAGACGACCAACAACCACAAGGUCGUAAACAGAUUCGCUUGACCAGGAUGGACGACACUUUGAAAGUUGUCCUGACAAACGAUAGCUGCCAGCGCCAAGUCAUUCACAAUCACUGUUGUUGGUCGGAACCCAAACCUGUGACGACAUCUGUUCCAGACAGAUUUCAUGGGUCCAAACCCAAAUGUCAGGAAGCUACGACAAACAAACAGAGUUCUAAGGUCCAGCAGUAUUCAGACAAAUCACAAACAAAGGCUGUCAUGUCUCAACUUGCUGGAUUUUUAAAGAAACGUUCCUUCUCCGAUAGCACAAAUACCCGUACGACUGUUCAUACCUCUGACGUCAUCAAGAAAACCAGUCAUACAUGUGAUGACAAACCUGUCUACAAUGAAUCCAGGAAUUCGUUCUGUUCACCUUUAAAGGAGAUUUCAAGUGUCCCAGACAGCGUCCCUUGUGAUAUUAAGCACAGGACUAUCCUUGGUCCAGCGACCAAACCUCCUUGGUAAGGGUCAAGGAAUACAGUCGAUCAAUAUUUUGAAA